CAUUUCGUUCCUCAGUUCCAGAUGUCACAGGAUGAGGUGAUAUUUAGCUGCUGGAGAUAGUAAUAAUCACUGUUGUGGUUGCUAACACAGUGUCCCACUCCAAGCCAUUAUUUGUAUGGGAUCACUGAGCUUUCGGAAUGUUUUCAUGCUAAUAUCUAAUACACGUGGUUUACAGCCGCAAGCUCAGAACUGAACUACGAGGUGUCAGAGGAGGAAAAGCGAGGGGAGAGAAGAACAUGUUAUCUUCUUUUGUGCAAGAAUUGCAGUUCUUGUGUGCUUCGCCUGUGUCGUUUAUAAAGAGCUCAAAUCGAACUCUAUUUCCCUGAUGUGUGUGCAUUGUUGGAAAAUAAAAAGAUUCUGCGCUGCGUUUGGUUGCCUUGUUGAAAACGAGAAACACCUCUUUGCAAAAAGGACUGAGAUGGGAAACAAUAUGUAGUAUGAUCUAAAAUACCAGCGCUGAUGUCACACCAUGCAAAUCAGGUUUGAUAGUGAAAGUUUCACAAUAGUUCUCGUGGGAGGUGAUUUAUCCGACGGAGAGUCUUCACCAGAACAUUCACCAGAAAAAAAAAACAAACAAACUGUUUUUAGUCGUCAGACCGAAGUCAGGGAUUUUGUUGCAACGCCGUGUUUUCACAAUGAAGAGGAGACAGAAACGAGUUCUGCAGUUGACUUUUGUGUUCAUGGUAGCUCUGAUUUUCUUGCCAAAUAUUGGUCUGUGGUCCCUUUACAAAGAGAAACACUUGAUUAAGUCAUCCGAGGCUGGCGAACAGGAAUUUCCUUUAGGCUUGAGUGAAGGACACAUUUACACAUGGACUGAUGGCUUAAGAAGAAAAGAUUGGCAUGAUUAUGAAAGCAUCAGAAAAGAUGAAAUGCGUGCAGGUAAGGGGGAACAUGGGAAGCCUUACCCACUUACAGAAGAAGAAUGUGAUGACUCCACUUACAGGGAGAAUGGGUUUAACAUCUAUGUUAGCAACAACAUUGCCUUGGACCGCUCUCUACCAGAUAUCAGACAUCCAAACUGUAAGCAAAAGCUGUAUUUGGAAAAUCUACCAAACACCAGCAUCAUCAUCCCUUUCCACAAUGAAGGCUGGUCCUCACUGCUGCGGACAAUUCACAGUAUUACCCACAGAACUCCUGACCACCUGAUUGCAGAGAUUAUCCUCGUGGAUGACUUUAGUGAAAGAGAACAUCUAAAAGAUAAGUUAGAAGACUAUAUGGCAAGAUUCCCUAAGGUGAAGAUUGUACGAACGAAGAAGAGAGAGGGACUGAUUCGAACUCGACUACUGGGCGCUACUGUAGCAAAAGGAGAAGUCUUAACCUUCCUGGAUUCCCAUUGUGAGGCUAAUGUGAACUGGCUGCCACCUCUGCUUGACCAGAUUGCUCAAAACCACCGAACAAUUGUCUGCCCCAUGAUUGACGUCAUCGACCACAACCACUUUGGGUAUGAGGCGCAGGCUGGAGAUGCCAUGCGAGGAGCCUUUGACUGGGAAAUGUACUACAAGAGGAUUCCCAUCCCAGCUGAGCUCCAGAGUACUGACCCCAGUGACCCAUUUGAGUCACCUGUCAUGGCAGGGGGUCUAUUUGCAGUAAAUCGUCUGUGGUUCUGGGAGCUUGGAGGUUACGAUCCUGGACUUGAGAUCUGGGGAGGAGAGCAGUAUGAAAUAUCUUUUAAAGUCUGGAUGUGUGGAGGCAGUAUGUACGAUGUUCCUUGUUCCAGAGUUGGCCACAUCUACAGAAAGUAUGUCCCCUACAAAGUGCCGUCAGGAACCAGCUUAGCAAGAAAUCUGAAGCGAGUUGCUGAGACAUGGAUGGAUGAGUACACUGAAUACAUCUACCAGCGGCGGCCGGAGUACAGACAUCUCUCAACUGGUGACCUGUCAGCACAGAAAGAACUGCGCAAACAGCUCAAGUGCAAGGAUUUCAAAUGGUUCAUGGCAGCAGUGGCCUGGGACCUGCCCAAGUACUACCCGCCCGUGGAACCAUUACCAGCUGCCUGGGGAAAGAUUCAUAAUAUUGCAUCCAGUCUUUGUAUAGACAGUAAGCACGGCUCCACAGGGACAGAACUAAGGCUGGAUGUGUGUGUGAAAGAUGGCUCAGAACGGACAUGGUCACAUGAGCAGAUUUUUACCUUUGGCUGGAGAGAAGAUUUAAGGCCUGGGGACCCACUCCACACAAGGAAAUGUUGCUUUGAUGCUAUCUCCCACAGUAGCCCCGUCACUCUGUACGACUGCCAUGGCAUGAAGGGCAACCAGCACUGGCUCUACAGGAAGGAUAAAACCUUGUACCACCCAGUGAGCAACAGCUGCAUAGACUGUAGCCCUGGGGAUAAGAAGAUUUUCAUGAACAGAUGCGACCCUCUGUCUGAAACACAGCAGUGGAUUUUUCAACACAUCAAUGCGACUGUUCUAGAAAAAUUCAACAGCCCUGCCAGCUCCUAGGAAUGCCAAAUGAAAUAAAAAGGAACAGCGGAUUACUCUUUCAGGAACUCCGAAAGCAUCUUAAUUGAUGGAUUCAGGUAUUACAUUUCUCAUAUGCAGGAGGCCCAUUCUCAGGAUCUCUUAUUAAUUGGAGGGGGGGACGACGACAAAAGGGGGACAGCUUAAGAAAGCAGACUUCCUAUGUGCAGACACCAGACACUCUCGACCAACUGAUUCACAAUGAGCAAAUAUGGGAUUAGAAAUGGGUGCCUUGCUGGUCAAGGUCAGACAGACUCUGAACACAAAACAGCCAACUCUGACUUGAAUCUAUUCUUAGCCAGGGCCAGCCCCAGGAUUGUGCAUUGCUGUGGAAAAUAAUUUGUUCUUGUUACCAGACACAAACCUGCAUGACUGUCUCUUGACUCUCAAGAACUAUCCAGUGGUUCACAAGCUGUCCAUUUACUGUAGGCCAACAAUGUUUUUAUAAAAUGUACAUUGUAGUAGUAUUAUAUCCAUAAUGUAUAUAAAAAUGUCUUUUUUUCUUGUUCUUGUGAAAAAAGAUAUUAGCAAAAAAUAGUAAAUGUGUCUCUACCCCAAACUCUUAAUUUGUUUUUAUGCGCAGCAAGCUCCUACAGCCCUCCUUUUUUUUCUCUUGAAACAUUUAUGAUAUAGUUCAAGAUGUGUUUACAUUUUUUAAUACACUUGGACAAUUUUUUUUUUUUUUACAUUUAUGAAAGCCAGAAACCUGGCCGAUCAGUACAAUUCCAGCAGAUAUUUGGCGCCACUUAAUUCACGAAAGCCAUAAAAACAGAUACAUUCAAAUUGUCACUGCACUGUCUACUUGAGAAAUCAGCUGUAUCUGAUUAUUGAAAACAGAACAUUUUCCCCAAUUCCUUCCAUUUUUUUAUAAUGACUUAUGAUGACACCAGUCUUGAAUAAAAUGAUAUUUUCUUCAAAAAUAUGCUCGCUGAUUAAAUACAAACAGUAACAGUUAAUGUAGGGGCAAAAUGUGGAUGAAUCACCACAAUUUUAUUACAGCAUUGCUAAAAUUCAGUGUAGUCUUGUUAAUUCAUAGAAAUGUAAAGGUUUAAAUGAAAUAUUGUACUCUGUGUUGGGAGACAAGUAUUUUGAGUGUUAUUAAAACGAAUUAUUAAUAUUAAUCAACCUGGAUGUACUAAUUCAGUAACGGUAAUGCAAUACUUGUUUCUUUGGUUUGUAAUACGAUGUCUGUAAAAUAAGAAUGGAGAAGAAGUAUUUAAUGUAAAGUUUAAAAUGCUGUAAGUAUUGGAAUCAACAAAUGAGUGCUGUACUGAAACAGAGCACUCACUACUGCAUCACAUGACAGGAAUAAAGGAAUCAUUGUAUCAAACCCCAAAUUUGAUGGUACCUAGAACACAACUGUUAUUGCACUUACAUUCGUGAGAAACGUUAAAAGGUUGAAACGAAUGUACUUUAAUAAAAGUUGAACAACGAACUACAGACGAGAGAAACAAAUGAGGUCAUUAAAAGUGCAGUACACAUUAUUUAUAAUAAAAGCUUCAGUAAGUUUUACCUUUAAAGAUACUCUUAUUAAAGAAUGGAAUGCAUCAAACCAUUUUGGGAAACAUUAACGUGUUGGCAUUAUCUAAGUUCGGGCUCAAACUGUUCUAAACUGAAAGCCAGUAUUUUUAUUCAUGUAUUUAGAUUGAAUAAAUACUUCCUGGAUAGAGCAAA